CUCCAAGAUGAGAUGUCCCAACAAGAUGAACAGAUUGCUAAACUUAACAAAGAUAAAAAGAACAUGGAUGAAGCCCACAAGAAAACUCUUGCCGAUCUCCAAGCUGAAGAAGACAAAGUCAAUCAUCUUAGCAAACUCAAAACCAAAUUGGAACAAACUCUUGACGAGCUUGAAGAUAAUCUUGAACGAGAAAAGAAAGUUCGGGGUGACGUUGAGAAGGCAAAGAGGAAGUUAGAACAAGAUUUGAAAAUGACUCAAGAAACAGUUGAAGAUUUGGAAAGAGCUAAACGUGACCUGGAAGAAAACGUCAGACGAAAGGAUGUCGAGAUCAGUGGUCUUCACUCCAAAUUGGAAGACGAACAAAAUCUUGUUGCACAGCUUCAAAGAAAAAUCAAAGAACUUCAG